AGAAUGGCGGCGGCGGCGGCCGCAGCGGACUCGUUUGCCGGCGGCGGCCCGGCGGCCGUGAAGCUGCCGCGCUCGCCGCCGCUCAAAGUGCUGGCGGAGCAGCUGCGGCGCGACGCGGCGGGCGGCCCGGGCGCGUGGCGCCUGUCGCGGGCGGCGGCGGGCCGCGGGCCGCUGGAGCUGGACGCCGUGUGGAUGCAGGGCACGGUGGUGGCGGCGGGCGGCGGCGAGGCGCGGCUGCGGGACCCGAGCGGGGCCUUCUCGGUGCGCGGCCUGGAGCGGGUGCCGCGCGGGCGGCCCUGCCUCGCCCCAGGAAAGUAUGUGAUGGUGAUGGGAGUGGUCCUGGCCUGCAGCCCUGAGCCGUGCCUUCAGGCUGUGAAGAUGACAGAUCUGUCCGAUAAUCCCAUCCAUGAAAGGAUGUGGGAACUUGAAGUGGCAGAUCUACACAGGAAUAUUCCUUAGAUGAUGUUUGGAACCGGCGUAAGAACAACUGAAAUUCUGAAACCACUGAGGCUCUUAUACCACGUGGAUUUCCUGGACAUCGUUCGUUGUAUAUUUCUCCAAAGUUUCUCUGAGGGCUGUGCUUUGGCUGAUCAAGGAGACCGGAUGUAGGAUUUCUAAAUGCUGGAACACUCCAGUUAACCCAGCCCUGCUGCCCCUUGCUUUGAUGACUGUGUGCUGAUGAAAAGCAGAUGUUGUGUUCUCUCUCUCUUUUUUUUUUUUUUUUGGUUCAUGUGUGUGAAUUCUCUCUAAAGCACACAGAAAUCUCAUGUUGCAUUUUCCAAGUUUUACAAGUGAUGAUACAUUUUUCCCUUACUACUGCAACCCUAUUUUACAAUGCAAAAUGUAAAUCUCAGUCAUUGCCCGUGGUGAUUAAAGUGUGGUUAUGGGCAGGAAAACAGACCGUGUGAAGAAGGAAUAAUGGCUCCAAGAAUUUCCAGCAACAGCUUCCAUAUCGAGUUUGCAAGUCAGACAGCACAGCGCCUCUCAAGGACACAGCUCUUUCUGCUGCAGACGCCACUCAACCAUUUAAGGUCCAUUUCCCAGAGAUGAGGAUGAUGAUCCCCGCCAUUCUUCCUGCUCUUGGAGAUGUUGAAACACUUUCAGAAUUUCUUGUUGAAACUGAAAUCAAGAUUGGGAACGACUUGCAGGCAUUAACUAAACUUCUGCCUCCUAACUUUUGGUGAGACACUGCAAGGGAGCAACCUCCUGGUUCCGAGUUCUUACAUGUUUGGUACGGAAUGACUUUUUGUCGUGAUUGUAUUGGAUGUGGGUGUCUGCUCUCUGCUUCUUCAUUUUUCCUUAGAUUGUAAAUAUCAAGGGAAUCAGGUUAUGUUCCUACGUUGCUGUAGAAUUUUGCUGGGUUAUUGAUCGUCUACCACUAAUAAAUUGUUUUAUAUGCUGUA